AUGUCUGACGGUCUCAACGAUGCCCGUGCCAUGCGCAUUGCAGAGAUCAUGACCGACUUCCGCAACCUCCAACACUACCUCGUCCAGUUACGCGCCACUCCCACAGCAGAAGAGUAUUAUCUUGAGGGUUACUCUCUGCUACGACAAUGCACCAGCGAGGCACAGGCCAUCCUACAGACACCCUUUUCUGGCAGUGCCAGCACGGGUUCAGGGGAUCCGGAGGCAGAGAAGCAGCAACUGAGAAACAUCAUCACAGACGCCGCUGUGCGACGCUUCCAAUGUCAACGCGCUUACCUACGAGCCCACGCUGGCCUGCGGUGGAUGAACGCCCGCAACAGCGUCUUGCGUGGUCAGAGGCCCAACGCGAGCCAUCUUGGUGCACUCCAGCAGGCUGAUGCUACAAUGAGAAAUGAACUCCUCGCAAUCAGCGAUGCUUAUGUCGAAAACACGCUGCGCGCCGCAGACGCAUCGCAGGGCAAGUGGCUGAAUGAAGAUCCUUCGCUGGCACAGAUCCAACAGAUACUUAUGACUCGACGAUGA